AAACUAAUCUCGUAAGUCAUUACUGCUGAGUGCUGGAGAGUCGAAAAGGACGUCUGAUUCUGAUAUAAGUAGUAUAAUAAUUGUAUACAAUUUAUUUGACCAACUACACUAUCGGUCUUCUUUUUUUUACUCCCUGAUAAUUCGUGUGAAUUGAUAUUUCGUGUUAUCAAGUUUUAUAUUAUCAGCAAAACACGAAAAUCGUCAUUCGACAUUUAUUAUUACAUAUUUAGAUAAAUAGAUAGUUAUUUACUCAAAGAUUUUAAGAAACCAAUAACUAUGACGACAAAUGCCAUUGUCACCAAUAAUAAAUACCAAACGACAACAAUUUAUGAUGUAGAAAUACCUGUUACGUUAUAUGACGUUCACCUGAAAAUGUCGAGUUCUGUAUGCAACGGUGUAAAGCCAAAACUGUUAGUGACUGCUGAUGAGGAAUGUUAACUGGUUAUAUUUAGUUUACUUUCAUGCACCACUAACAUCAAAAUGGCCGACAAAUUGGACAAAUACAUUGACAGUUACUCCAAAGAAUGGUACCAAGCGUUCCUACUAUUAUUGAUGGCCGGUACACCAGGCAUAUUUAAUGCUAUACAGAUUUCAUCAUAUGUGUUCCUGGUUGACAAACCUUCGUACUGGUGUGAUAUACCAGUUCUAAAAGCGGCAGGAUGGAGUGAUCAAAUGCUCUUAAAUGUUUCUAUAUCGCCUCAAAAUUAUUCAUCAGACAGAAUUGAAGAAUGUUCUUAUUACGACCGAAAUUAUUCAAUAUUUGCCAAAAAUGGUUAUAAUUGGUCAAUAAAUAAUUUAGAAACUGCCAAUUCUAAACCUUGUCAGUAUUAUGAAUAUAGUAACAGAGAAUCUGUUGUAUCUGAAUGGAAUUUAGUUUGUGAUAAUGUAGUGAAGAAGUCAAAUAUUCAAGCAGCUAUUGCUUUUGGAAAGUUUGUUGGUGGGCUAUUUUUUGGUUCAAUUUCAGAUAUAUAUGGCAGAAAAUUUGCUUUCAAUUUAGCAGCUUUUAUUUACAUGUUCUCGGGACCAUCUGCUGCGUUGAUUGAUUCAUAUGUAUUAUUUUUAAUUGCAAGAUUCUUGAUAGGUGUAGCUGGAUCUGGAAUAUAUGAAUCAUCUUAUACAAUAUUGACUGAGCUGACAAGUGGUAAAACUCGUACAUUACUUUGUCUUUUAAUGAAUAUGUCGUAUCCAAUUGGUUAUGUUUUACUAUCAAUCAUUGCUUAUUAUGUACGGCCUUGGAGAAUAUUGCUUUUAGUUUUGUCUUUGCCCAUGUUUGGAUUGUUGAUACAAUGUUGGUUUCUACCAGAAUCUCCAAAAUGGUUGAUGUCUCGAGGUAGAAAAAGACAGGCUUGGAAAGUGAUGACUAAGCUCGUCCCUUCUGCUAUUCAUGCUAACAUAGACAAUGAUAAUCAAGAUAUUAUUGAAAUUAGAAAGUCAAAACAGAGUCAAGGGAAGUGUAAGGAGUUUUUGUCCACUUUUACUACAUUAUUUUCUACUUGGGAUUUAUCUGCUAAGACGAUUAUUUCUUUUUCUUGUGGAUUCGUUUGUGGUCUCUCAUACUACGUUAUUGCAUUAAAUGGUGAUAAUAUUACUGCUGAUCGUUACAAUUAUGUUGCGUUAAAUGGAGUUGUUGAAGGUUUGGCAUACUUAUCAACUAUUCCAUUAUUAUUAUAUGUUGGACGCAAAAUAGCAGUUUCUGGUUUAUUUUUUACAUCCGGAAUUUUACAACUUGCAUUGUUGAUGAUACCACGAGAAAGUGCUAAUUUAUUAUUAAUUGUUGCUUUGCUUGGAAAAUUUUGUGUGAGUGCAGUAUUUUCAGUUAGUUUGCUUUAUAUAUCAGAAUUAUAUCCAACUACAAUAAGAAAUACUGGCCUUGGGACAUCAUUGACUAUUUCUCAAAUAGGAUCUGUUAUUGCACCAUACGUAGUUGAAUUAUUGGGUGCUAAAGCUUGGUAUAUUCCAAGUACAGUGUGUGGAAUUUUAGGUAUUUUUGUUUCAAGUUUGGUUCUAAUGUUGCCUGAGACAAAAGGAACAGUAUUACCUGAUACCCUAGAAGAUAUGAAAACUACUAGAUCUGUUAAAGUUACUAAUUGUUGUAAGUUUUAGUGCUUUUCACCAUUCUAUUUUAAAAAUUAUACUUCUGACCAUAUGCAUAGUAACUAGCUAUUAUGUCUCUAUGCUUUUGACAAUAUUGAGUUGUUGAUUACAAAUUUUUAGACAACAUAUCAUGUACUGUUGUUUUAUUGAAGAAUCAUAGUUAAAUUGGUUGAAUAUUGAUUAGUUACAAUUAUUAAGAAAAAUAAAAAUUAA